AUGUACACACCUCUCUCCUUCCCAGCUGCCCCCAGCCAGGCAUGGCAUGCUAGAAAUGAUAAUCCGGUGACCGUAUGUGAGCAGCCUAAGAAUGAGCCUGAAGAGGUGAAGCUGCAGAACGCCAGUAAGCAGAUUGUGCAAAAUGCCAUCCUGCAAGCCGUGCAGCAAGUCUCCCAGGAGAGUCGACAGAGGAAAGACAGAACAGGAGACCACAGGGGCAGCUUCCAGUUGGGAGUGGGGGAGUUAACCAAGAAGCAUGAAAAGAAGUAACACAGUGGAUUUGGCU